AAUUAUGGUAUGCCAACUCACAUUUUAGCCAAAGUUACUCUGUGGUCGGAGAUGCUCUGAAGAAUGGCACCACGGCGGGAAGAAAAAGAUACACAGUCCUCUAUUUAAUUGCCCCUUUGGUGUUGUUUCAGUCAAACGCAACAACACUGUCGUCCCGAUAUUUCCCAGCUAGGCCGCCAUCCUUUUGAAAUCUGUAUGUAUAUUCCUAUUCCAUCAUCUGCGAUCUCAACUCCGUCCAUGGAUCUCUCUAUCUCUUACUCUCUCUCUAAAUCUCCCUCCUCUCUUUCUCUCUCUAGAAUCACACACACUUCUUUCUCUUCUCGCACUAGUUUAACUCCUUUUUUCUCUUCCAAGUUUAUUAACAAAUUGAGUUAUAGACCUCUGGUUCUGGUAAAGAAGCAUCAAGCAAGAGCUCAAUCUCGAAAUGAAAUCGACAGUCAGGACGAUGCUUUCAUUGUUGAUAAUGUUCCGCACUUAACCGAUUUCCUCCCUGAUUUACAGUCUUAUCCAAACCCAUUGAAGAAGAGCCCGGCUUAUGCAAUAGUCAAGAAAACGUUUGUCAGCCCUGAAGAUGUGGUAGCACAAAAAAUUGUUCUCCAGAAGGGCAGCUCUAGAGGGGUGCAUUUUCCUCGUGCCGGGCCGCGGGAAAAGGUUUAUUUCAAGUCGGAGGAGGUACGUGCUUGCAUUGUGACAUGCGGCGGUUUAUGCCCGGGAAUCAAUACAGUGAUUAGGGAAAUAGUUUGCGGCUUGAAUUUUAUGUAUGGCGUUGAUGAUAUACUUGGAAUUGAGGGAGGAUAUAAGGGCUUCUACUCAAAAAAUACUAAAAAAUUGACACCUAAAAGUGUCGAUGAUAUACAUAAACGUGGUGGCACUCUACUUCAAACUUCACGAGGGGGGUCUGAUACAAUUAAGAUAGUUGACAACAUUCAGGACCGGGGAAUAAAUCAGGUUUACAUAAUUGGAGGUGAUGGUACACAAAGAGGAGCUAAUGCUAUUUACAAGGAAGUUGAAAAACGAGGUCUUCAAGUUGCGGUAGCUGGGAUUCCAAAGACAAUUGACAAUGAUAUUGCAGUAAUAGACAAGUCUUUUGGUUUUGAUACUGCUGUUGAAGAAGCUCAGAGGGCCAUUAAUGCAGCACAUGUUGAAGUUGAGAGUGUGGAAAAUGGAGUUGGAAUUGUGAAGCUUAUGGGACGGUAUAGUGGGUUCAUAGCUCUGUAUGCAACAUUGGCUAGUAGAGAUGUGGACUGUUGUUUGAUUCCAGAAUCUCCAUUUUAUCUGGAAGGUCAGGGUGGACUUUUUGAGUUUGUUGAACAAAGGCUCAAAGAAAACAGCCAUGUUGUGAUUGUAGUUGCAGAAGGAGCAGGGCAGGAAUUUGUUGCUCAAACCAUGCAAUCAAUCGACGAGAAAGAUGCAUCUGGAAAUAGGCUGCUUUUAGACGUUGGCCAAUGGCUAACUCAGAAAUUUAAGGAUCACUUUACAAAGGUUCGGAAGAUGACAAUAAAUCUAAAAUACAUAGAUCCAACCUACAUGAUCCGAGCAGUCCCCAGUAAUGCAUCGGACAAUAUCUACUGCACUCUUUUGGCUCAAAGUGCUGUUCACGGGGCCAUGGCUGGGUACACUGGCUUUACAGUUGGACCAGUCAAUAGCAGACAUGCAUAUAUUCCCAUAUCUCGUGUGACUGAAACUCAAAACGUUGUGAAGUUGACGGAUAGAUCAUGGGCUAGGCUUCUUGCAUCCACCAAUCAGCCCAGUUUUGUACAACACAAUGAUGUGGAACGAGAAAAGCUUGAUCAGGAUACUAUUGAUGCCAUCGACAGCAUGAGAAUCACCUCUAUCUAGAAGUUGUGAGCUCAUACACCUGUAUACAAUGAUAUAUCUGCAGAUAUUUUCAUUGAUUCAUGUUGACUACAGAUUGCAGCCCUCAGCUACAUAGAAGACGGUCUAUCAAUGGGAUACUGUGUUAUUACCGAUACAUAUACAUGUAUCCAGUGUGUUCAGUUUUCUUGGCGGAUGAAGACUAAUAGACUAUUGCAGAACUCAGAUUAGCAGGCAUUUGUACUUUGUAACAAGUAUCAUCCUUGUGUAAAGUCUGGUGCAAUAUUGGAAUAGAUUAGCUAGGUCAGUAUAAUGAUAGAAUAUCUAUUUAAUUCUUUAUUUAAAGGUCUGAGUAAUGACUGUGACUGCGUAAACAAACUGGAGCUUUACAUACACAAGGAACACUCAGGCAAGAGAUGGACCAGAGCUGUUUAUUACUGAUAUUUUUAUUUUAUGUUUAUUGAACAAAAUUCUAAGCGCU